GUCCGCGGCUACUUCCUCUGUAAACAAACCAAUGCUGAAACCCCUUACAGAGGAGGGGUUCUGGCCUCCAUGGUAACACCGCUGCACCUCGGUUACCAUGUCCUCCCUGUCAACAUCCGCUAUCUGUGGUGAUGCUGCGGCUGCCAUGGCAACCCCAGGGUGUGACCAGGCUGUGCUGGCCUCAGAUUGUCACGCCAGGCUGAUGCUGGCCCAGAUGAACAAGCUGCGUCUCCGCACAGACUUCUGCGACGUGGGUCUGAACGUCGGGGGCCGGGUCUUCAGGGUCCACCGGCUUGUCCUCGCUGCCAGCAGCCCGUACUUCUCAGCCCUGUUCUCGGGGGGGAUGAAGGAGGCGGACAAGGAAGAAGUGCACAUCAUUGGAGUGGACCCGGUCGUCUUUGAGAGUUUGCUGGAAUUUGUGUACACAGGAGCGAUCAAUGUAACCGUGGACAACGUUCAGGAGCUGAUGGUGGCCGCCGACAUGCUGCACCUGAAUGAGGUUGUUUCCGUCUGCGGGGAGUUCCUUAAAAGUCACAUGGACUCCUCCAACUGUGUGGGAAUCUUCCAGUUCUCAGAGCAGAUCGGCUGCUUGGAAAUGUUGGAAUUCACCGAGAACUACAUCUACGUUCACUUUUUGGAGGUUUGUGUCACUGAUGAGUUCAGGAGCCUGUCCAAAGACCAAUUAGUCAGGCUUCUGAGAAGUGAGGAGUUGAGGAUUGAGGAUGAGUACCAGGUCUUCACUGCUGCGAUGGACUGGGUUCUUCAAGAUGUGCCAAAGAGGAAAAAACAUGUUGUGGAAGUUUUGGAAGCGGUCCGCUUCCCUCUGCUUUCCCCACAGAGGCUAUUCAAGUACAUAGAAGGCAUUACCGACUUCAGCCUGCGGGUGGCACUGCAGACUCUGCUGAAGGAGUACACUGAAGUCUCAAAGUCUCCCAAAGAAAAUAAGCUGUACAGUCAACUCCAGCCGGCCAAGAUGAGGCCCAGACGGAAAGCCAGAAAAUACCUUUAUGCCAUAGGAGGUUACACCCGCCUGCAGGGCGGCCGCUGGAGCGACAGCCGGGCGUUGAGCUGCGUGGAGCGCUUCGACACCUUCAACCAGUACUGGACCACCGUGUCAUCGCUGCAUCAGGCUCGCAGCGGACUGGGGGUGGCCGUUCUGGAGGGCAUGAUUUAUGUGGUGGGAGGGGAGAAAGACUCCAUGAUUUUUGACUGCACAGAGCGAUACGACCCCGUCACCAAACAGUGGGCCGCUGCUGCGUCCCUGAAUUUCCCUCGCUGUGGGGUCGGAGUAUGUCCAUGCCACGGUGCUCUGUAUGCACUGGGUGGCUGGAUCGGAUCAGAGAUCGGGAAGACGAUGGAGCGCUACGACCCGGAGGAAAACAAAUGGGAGGUCAUUGGCAGCAUGGCAGUCCCCCGCUAUUACUUUGGAUGCUGUGAGCUGCAAGGACUCAUUUACGUGAUUGGAGGGAUCAGUGACGAAGGAAUGGAGCUGCGCUCAGCAGAAAUGUACGACCCCAUCUCCCGCCGGUGGAGCGCCCUACCUGUGAUGGUCACUCGCCGGGCGUACGUGGGCGUCGCCUGCCUGAACAACUCCAUAUACGCCGUGGGAGGCUGGAACGAGGCAUUGGGAGCGCUGGAAACGGUGGAAAAGUAUUGUCCCGAGGAGGAGAAGUGGGUGGAGGUGGCAUCCAUGUCCACGGCACGCGCAGGGCUGUCCGUGUCCGCGGUCAACGGGCUGCUGUACGCGGUGGGAGGAAGAGCCGCCAGCAGAGACUUCUCUGCGCCGGUGACGGUGGACUCUGUGGAGAUCUACGACCCUCACCUGGACACGUGGACGGAGGUGGGGAACAUGAUCACCAGCCGCUGCGACGGCGGGCUGGCCGUACUCUGACGGACAUCGUGAACCCCUGAAAAACUGUGGACGGCACUUUAAGACAGACUGGAGGAACGGAGCGUUUCUGUGGUUUUCAAACACCCAAGCAACUAUUUUUGGACUGGAAAGAUGUCCUGCUGUUACACAACUCACUGCUUUCCUUUUCCGUUAUUCUGAGUCAUUUUAUUUGAAUAUCAAAGUGACAAACAUGCGAUUCUGUUUACAGUCCUGAUCAGUUUUCAUCAUUAAGAAGUCCUAGUUUAGUUUGAAUGUUUCAAAAGGAUGUUUUUUGAUGGAUAAAUGCUGAUUUUAGGGUCAAAUCUCCCACAUUCUUGAGCUGGACUGUUUAUGGACCAAAGUGUGUUGAAUUGCCAGAUCAUGCACUCCACUUGUAGAUUUUUCUUUGAGUUUCUGCAGAAAGUUAUGCUUCUUAACUACCAUUCGUACUUAAGUUGUUUCAAACCUAAGAUGAAUAUAGUUUGCACUAAAUUUGCAUUUCAGUCACUGGAUUGACAGGAUUUAUUGACUCAGAAACAAAAAGUUUGGACACAGAUAAUGAAAAAGCGUAAAUAAAGUGUAUUUUCUAACUUUUACUCAACUGUGAAAUGAUAAAAAUGUUUAAGAACUGGAAAAGAAAAUAAGUUUUUGACUUCCAAAUGCAGAAAAAAGCCCAGCAUUAGCAGGUUCUGUGUGUGGAGGGGGGUGUCCUCUGGGCUUUCCAUUUCCCCCCACAGUCCAAAAACAUGGUGGUUCUAAAACGUUCUCUAAGAGUGAUGGAGUUUAGCAAAACAAGCAGGUUUCAAAUAUGCUGAUUUAUGAUUAGGGUUGCCAGAUCUGAGAGAAAUGAAGGAAUAAAAAGCCAUUUACAUCUG